GAUAGGAACUCUUUCUCAGUUGGUGGGUGUUGUCUAAAGACUGAAGACGUGUGCUACAAUGGAACAUCUGGAUGUCGAACUAUUCAUCGACGCAAUAGAAAAACGACCAUCUUUGUGGGAUUCAUCGUCAGGAGACUACAAAAACAGACAGCUUAAAAGAGACGAUUGGAAGGAAGUGUGCGAAAUUGUUAUCCAAAAAUAUGGGGAAAAAGAUGAAAAAGAAAGGCAGGAAAUUGGUAGAGAAGUUCAACUUAAAUGGAAAAGUCUGAGGGAUGCUUAUGUUCGUACCAUUCGACAGUCUAAGGGAAAAAAUCAGGAGCGUCUGCUAAAGCUGUAAAAACGUACAUCUAUGCUAAACAAUUAGGAUUUUUACGAAAGGUGACUGGUUCCCGUCAGACAGAGAGCUCACUACCAAGUACAUCAAGAGAGGGCCAAGAAGAUAUGGAUGUUUCAAAGGACAUAAAUGACAUGCAAAGUACUUCAUCAGAUGUCCAACAUACUCAGUUCGACAGCCAAAUGGAAACUGGACGAACUCCUAGUAGAAGUACUCUCUAUAGAAGAAAGAAAUCAGAUUUAGAAAGUAAACUUGCAAGCUAUAUUGAUUCCCAUAACAGACAGCCAGCAUUAGCUAUACAAAGUCAACCACAAGAAACUGAUGACAUGGCCUUUUUUAGAUCAUUACAAGCAAGUUUAGAUACGCUCACUCCGAAUGAGAAAUUGAAUUUUCGAAUAGAGGUCAUGCA